UCAAGACUCAAGUCUGCCCUUUCCAUCGACAGCCACCGCCGAACGAGCACCUCAAAAAAUCAGGCAUGGUGCGAGUUGCCUCUAAAACUAAGGCUGUACGAACCCGUCGGACGGCCUCCGCGACGGCUGCGACGAAACCUGGCGACGCUGGGCCUUCACAGAUCAAAAGUUCACCCUCUACUAUUGGCACUCGUCGCCGCCGAGCCGUCACUGAUCCUGAGAAUUGUCGGAGACUCGGAGUUGAUGAACAGUUUAUCAAAUUUCGGCCAUCGCCCAAUUUCAAAAAUAUGAAAAAGUUCUUGAAAUAUAAAAUUGAUUGUUCAGAAUCAUCAAGUCAGUCUCCGCCAAACGGCAAUUGUGAGCAGCCAAAUACGUCGGAGAGCCCUCCCAGCAAUAGCCAGCCGAUGGAAAAGGAGGAACAACCUUCCCCUUUGAAACCAGUUGUCCAUCCCCCUUUACCUUUAGAACCGCCACCCCCUGACAAGCUGCCUGUUAUGCCAGUGCCUAUAAAGAAUGAAAUUAUUGAGAAUGAUUACCCGGACCAAGAAAGUGGGCAAGAAUCUCCAAAUCUGUCAACAGCUGAUCUGUCAACAGCUGAACUGUCAACAGCUGAACUGUCAACAGCUGAACUGUCAGCAGCUGAAACAGAAGAAUCUUCACUAAGAUUAAAUGAAGAGCAUGACAGCCAGGCCGCAGAAACGCCAAAAGUGACUGUUUGUAGGGAUUUCAUUAGAGGCACAUGUGUUGGAGUAGGCUGCAGAUAUGCGCACCAAAGGGACCUGUCUCAGUUAAUGGGGGUGUAUACCUUUUGCCGCAAUUAUCAAAAUACAGUUUGCACAUUACCGCUGUGCAAUUUCAAAAAUAUGAAAAAGUUCUUGAAAUAUAAAAUUGAUUGUUCAGAAUCAUCAAGUCAGUCUCCGCCAAACGGCAAUUGUGAGCAGCCAAAUACGUCGGAGAGCCCUCCCAGCAAUAGCCAGCCGAUGGAAAAGGAGGAACAACCUUCCCCUUUGAAACCAGUUGUCCAUCCCCCUUUACCUUUAGAACCGCCACCCCCUGACAAGCUGCCUGUUAUGCCAGUGCCUAUAAAGAAUGAAAUUAUUGAGAAUGAUUACCCGGACCAAGAAAGUGGGCAAGAAUCUCCAAAUCUGUCAACAGCUGAUCUGUCAACAGCUGAACUGUCAACAGCUGAACUGUCAACAGCUGAACUGUCAGCAGCUGAAACAGAAGAAUCUUCACUAAGAUUAAAUGAAGAGCAUGACAGCCAGGCCGCAGAAACGCCAAAAGUGACUGUUUGUAGGGAUUUCAUUAGAGGCACAUGUGUUGGAGUAGGCUGCAGAUAUGCGCACCAAAGGGACCUGUCUCAGUUAAUGGGGGUGUAUACCUUUUGCCGCAAUUAUCAAAAUACAGUUUGCACAUUACCGCUGUGCAAAUAUGUCCAUGCUUCAGUGUUUGAAGUGCAAGAGUUCUAUAGAACUGGAGUCCUACCACCACGCGCCCAAUAUCAUUUGAAAAAGCCUUUCUACAUGCUGCCGCCUCCACCACCACCUCCACUACCUGAAGUAAACUCAAGCCCUCCAUGCACUCCAGAGGUGCUUAACGCAGUUGCCCUUCGACGAAAUCCUUCAGAAAAGCCUUUAAUAAGCUGUGUGCCUGUGUCUAAAUUGGAAUCUAAACCAGCCGAGAAUGAUUUCAGGCACAUGAUACAAGCCAUUACUUCCCCACUGAAAAGAGACUGGAACUCGAUAGACCCAUUCACCUCCCCGCCGCGCGACCUCGACCACAAACAACUCUUCACAAAAAAAUGUAAAUAUUGCGACAGUACGGACAUCAGACUUCAAUAUAAUAAAGAAAAACUCGAGGCAAUAGAGAAAACAAGCAAAGAACUGAAAAUGAAGUCCAAGCUCCUCACGCAGAAGAGCCAAAACCUUAUCACCAUUCUCCUUACAGUAAUAAAAGAGCAGGCGGAGUCAGUUAACGGGUACAACAAAUUAAAAGCAAGGCUGAACAUGUGCGGAGAAAAAGAAAGGGAAGUCCUGCAGAACAUCAUUGAGAAUCACAACACACAAGUCAGAAGCAAUAUUAUUUUUACACACGUGAAUUUUGAAUUAAGCACGACAUGUUUCGGAGAACCUAGGUCUUUAAAUUCAAGCACUGAGACUGGAGAACCCCGGACCCGAUUUCCGGGAAACGCCGGCGCAAGACCACCUUCAACCGGUUUUAUCAUAGCGAGCCUAGCGGCCCGCGCGCCGAGCGACACCCUUGGCAUACUGUCAACGCACUGUAGUCUAGGUGAUUGUACACUCUCCGAAACGUAUCUCGCGUAACGACAAAAUGCACGUAUAAUUUUAAAAUGUUAGUAUGUCUAACGAUAUAUUGUUUUUAUUUUUAUUUUAAUCAUUUUAAUCAUUCAUUCAUUUUAAUGACGUACCUAAUUUUAAUUUUAUAAUUUCGCCCUCGCCGCCCCCAAUGAAAUUUUCAUGUUGCUUUUGCAGUAAUAAUAAUUUUUAAAGCAACCAAUUGAAUAUUUUAUAAUUACAAAAUAUUUUACACGAAAACAAUUUGAUUCGCAUACCUCCUUAUUGAAGUAACAAAUAUCUAUAAUUGGAAACACAGUGAAAUAUAUUUUUGACAUACAACAAUUUUAGCACAGUCAAGAAAAGCAAAUACGUGUCGCUUUUAAACCUUCACGGCAUAGAGGUAGAGAUAAAAAUGUAAAAACUUUGCUUUCCUCGAUUGUGCACAAGUUCCCGUUGUAUGUCAUUAUUGAUUUGUGUAACCAAUAAUUACGUAUUAAAUUUAUUAUGUUUGUGCAUUUAGAGAUAAUAUUCGUCAUUUUUUAUUAUUUUGUAUCCACCUUGAAAUAAUGUGUUACACAACGAAACGCGCAUAAAUAUGUGUCACCACACGAUGAGCAUGAGCGAAUUAGUGCGCGAGUUCUUUAAGAGUUGAAUAAGAGGAACCAUCUUCGAACCGCGGCGAUACUUCAAGGUAUGAAUGUGUGUACGUCGUCAACAAAGUUUCGUUAAUGUUCAUAAUCCAUUACCAUAAAAACAUGUGCACAGGGCUAGUGUAGUAGACGCCUAUCCAAACGGCUCUGCAGAUAAGAUCAUGUCCGAUAUUGUUGGUUCGUUGGGCAACACAUUAUUGCAGGUGACUGUGUGUGUACUGUACUGAAUAUUGACGUUACCUGUUCUCACUGGGUAAACAGGACAUAAUUACAAUUGUCGAUUUAUUUCGCUAUGCGUAUAGUUUUAAGCCUAUGGCAUUUAAAAACUUAUGAAUUGGACGACCUCGCUAUUAUUAGUUUUAUAGUGUAUAUUAAUUUGUUCUCCUUGAUACGUAAUUUUUAGCAGCUAACUGAAUAGUACCAAACAAAAUAGUACAUAAUUAGGUCGAUAAUUACGUCGUAGAUAAUUUAAGAAACUGUCAACUGUCUCGUGAAAUUAAGAGUGUAGAAAUGAAGCAGACCGAGGGCUGAAUUCUAGCCAUUAUAAUGUAAAUAAAGUUCUAAUGGGUUCUUAUCUUCAAAUAAGGUUCUGACAGAAAUAAACGUGAAGCUUGGCAUGUACGUACUAAAAAUAGAACUUUCUCUUUCUAACCUCUUACUGAAUGUCGCUGCAUUCAAAUGCAACAAUAUUACUCGUAAGUGGGAUGUUCAUUUUGCUACCUGAAUGCCAAACUACAUGUUUUUUUCUGGAUGGGACCGUUAUAAGUUAUAAUUUACGGUUAUAGUUUAUAACGCUUUUUUUCUAAGAUAGUAGCCGUAAACUAUCUUAAUCUCAAGAAGAUUUGAUACAAUCUUAAAAUAAGGAUGUAAAUUUUUCGCUCGUCGCUAAGAAGGUUGAAUGUGCGUUUUUGCGUCGUUUGUUUGUAGUUGCUUGUUUUUAAAUACCGAAUGCUAGUAGGUAACCGUGAAAAUAAUUGUGGACUUCAGCAUCAUUUCAAGUUAAAUUUUCAGCUAAAUAUUAAUGGUAUUUAUCACUCAAAAGUCAUCUGACAAAAAUACAUUACAUUCAUUACAAUCUGUGUCCCAGUCUGUUCUUUGAAAUCGCUUUUAUAUUAUUUCAAUAUAGUGCUGAUAGAAAGCUUAAUUAAUGAGCAAAUUUAAAAUUUUGAAGUCCCCACCUGCUCCAUUUUCACCGUUUUACCAUAAAUGUAAAUUUUACUGGUAUCGUUUCUAUCAUCUUGAGCUUAGCGAGUUUCGAUGUGAAGGUGCAUUUAAAUAAUGCUGCGACACGCGCAAGUAGAUAGCGUGCGGUAUUUCAGGCAAUGAAAAUAUAGUGUACAAAUUUUUUCAAAUGAUGUCCCUUUGGUCUUAAUAGCUUUUGAGUGUACAUAUAUCAAUAUCAGUAAUAAACACGUUAGUAAAUGCUAGACAAUCUUAACGAUGAAAAUGACACGUUGGCAGUAGUUUUAAGAAUUCGUAUAAGAUAUCAUAGUUUUGAUGGUGGCGGAAUAACAAAACUUCCUUCUAACUAAAAAUACAACUGGGAAUACUCUAUUUAAAAAUCGCCCGAACUACAAUACAAUACUCCAUAUUGUUACCUAUUGAUUAAACACUAACACAUAUCUCGGUUUGCCAUUUAGCUUAGUGUUUAUCUUAGUAGAUUUAAAAUGCAGCGUGCUAAGGUCGCCAGAAGGUGGACCGAUGAUUUGGUCAAUAUCGCAGGGAGAUUUCUCACAACAAGUCUUUCAGUUAAAAUUAUCACUACACUGCCGGGCUAGCACAUGAUUGGCGCGACAACCUAACAAUUUUAAUAAUAUACCUACUUGUCUGAUUGUUAAAAUUUUAUAAUUGUUGCGACAUAUCUUGUAAAUAUUAAUAUGUACUUACUCAAUUCCAAUAGAAUCACAAAUAGAAAUUUUUAAACAGUCCGGUCUCGUGCAUCAGGGUCUCCGGAACAGACUAGACCGCAGUUAGAGUUCUGAUCGUUGUAGUACCUAGGGCACCCAGGUGUCAAAAAACCUGAUGUUGCCAGGUCGAAAGUCGAAACGAAGUCAAACUGCGAUCUAAUAAUUAUGCACACGACACUUCUAGAAGGACCCUGCACUAUAUGGGCGCCAAUUGCAUCGCGUGGAUACUCGUUCUAAGCGGAUCCGUUUAAUAGGGUGUCACAGUUUUUUUAAUAAGAAAAUAUCAAUACUGUUUCGGGUGAUUUGUUAGCGGUUUGUCUGGCUCGCAUUUGGUCCAGGUCGCUGUUUGUCCAAUUAGCGUUUAGUCCAAUACGCAAUUUGCCUUAAAAUCCGGACCACCAGCGAAUUGAUUUAGCAGCGUAUCGUAGUUAUCUUAGAUUGUAAAUUAAAAACAAAUAUAAAAACAAAAUGGCGCCCUAUAAAGUUCCGAAAAAAGCGCUCAAGUCCCCGGAACCUGCAGGGGGUCUGAGCCCGAAAAAGAAGAAGAACAGCAAGAAGACGCCAAGAAAGAAGUACAACAACUUCAAAAUAUACAUCUUCCAAGUAUUAAAAAAGUGUACAGAUAUCUACGUCGGAAUCUCAAGAAAAAUCAUGAACGAUUUGGUCAACGAUAUGUUAGAACAAAUCGCUUGUGAAGCUGGAAGACUAAUAAGCACACUGAAAGAAGAUUACUUUGACCCAGAACGAAAUAAGAACUGCCACAAAACUACUCAUUCCUGGUGAGCUAGGAAAGCACGCAUCGCUGGACGGGGAGAAAGCGCUCCGGAACUACAAGAAAAAAUAAGAACUGCCACAAAACUACUCAUUCCUGUCGAGCUAGGAAAGCACGCAUUGCUGGAGGGGGAGAAAGCGCUCCGGAACUACAAAAAAAAAAGAACUGCCACAAAACUACUCAUUCCUGGCGAGCUAGGAAAGCACACAUUGCUGGACGGGGAGAAAGCGCUUCGGAACUAAUCGAACAGCCAGUUAUUAGUUUUACUUAAUGUAUGUUAGAACAAAUCGCUUGUGAAGCUGGAAGACUAAUAGCACACGGAAAGAAGAUUAUCGAUACUAUCGAUAUCGAUAAAUCCAUACUAUCGAUAUAUAAAGUUAGUGAAAAUAGUUACUUAAGGGAGCAAAGCAACUUUGAUACAUUUUCAUUUCUACUACUUCAAUGGAUGACGAAAAGAACCGCCUGUUCCACCUAUCCCUACCGGGCUGUCUCCACUGGUAGGGAUACAUGGAUUUUUUUCCACCUAUCUCCACUGUUGGGGAUCGGUGGAAAAAAAAAAACCAUGUAUUCCUAUAGGGGAAAAGACGAUUUGCGUAUAGGACAAACUGCUUUUAAGGCGAGCAGCUAGUAUGUCAAAAUGCAUAUAUGGCGAACUCCGAUUGGAACCAACUGCUACUAAGUCAAUUCGCUGGUGGUCCGGAUUUUAGGGCAAAUUGCGUAUUGGACCAAACGCUAAUUGGACAAACAGCGACCUGGACCAAAUGCGAGCCAGACAAACGGCUAACAAAUCCUCUAGAAGUGUCGUGUGCAUAAUUAUUAGAUCGCAGUUUGACUUCGUUUCGACUUUCGACCUGGCAACAUCAGGUUUUUUGACACCUGGGUGCCCUAGGUACGACAACGAUCAGAGCUCUAACUGCGGUCUAGUCUGUUCCGGAGACCCUGAUGCACGAGACCACGAUGCCUCGGGCGGCGCACAACUACACAGACCGGGCAGAUAACGAAAUUUCGACUUUCGAUGUUUGCGGUGCUUUACGCGACAAUUUCCUCGUUCGAGAUAGCCUAUUGAAGAAACAUCCUGAUUUGUCUUUAGUCCGCUGUUCCAUAUUCCAUCAUCCAAUCAUAUUGAGCAGUGCUAGUUAGAUUGAACGGUAUAGUAUUCCCUGGUGUUUUUCGUAAGUCUGAAGUGGCUAUGUGCGAUAGUAGCAAUUGCGAGCCGAACGCAUUCUAGAAUAAAUAUAAAAUACUCCAUUAGGUUAGUCAUCUGGUACAACAUAUCUGUAACUUUAUGAUCAAUUCGUUGAAAUUCCAGAGAGAAGUCAGUUUAUAAAGAGUGUUUCAUACAAAACAGCGUUAGUAACAAUCUGCUUGUUGCUGUAUGGCCUUAUUUCGUGAGGUUUAUAUUAUUAUCCAAGUUCGUCAAGUCAAGUAAUUACAGCGUAGAUAAAUAAUAAUUCUACAUAAUUCUUUAUUCUUUAUUGUAUUGCAGUCAUGUUCAUAAUACAUUAGGUGUUACAGUUUGGGGAUGGUAGGUACAUGACACCCUGUCAGGGCACUCAAUUUUCUUAAGUCUAGGUAAUUACAUGCAUCUCAUACAAAUAGCAAUAAAAUCUAUAUUUAUAACUUUAUAUUUUAUCGACGUUUAUGCAACGUUAAAUGUCAGGUUCGUUUAGAAAAUUAGUAAAAUAAUAAAAUAAUGAUGCUAAAUAUUAAAUGUUAAAUGUCCAGGUUAAUUUAUAAAUAUAUUUAAAUAAUGUGAAACAAUAUAGUUAAUAUUAAUUAACUAUAUGUCAUUUUAGAGAACGCAUAAAUGUCAAUAAAUGUUUACAAUAAUAUUAAAACUUAAUUACUUGUUUAGGUCGCGUAAUAUAAACCUUAUGAAACAACACCGUCUGGAUUUACUAUACAACAACAUGCAGAUUACUCUACUUGUAUGUAUUGAAAAAUUAAAAUAUUUAUUAUCAAUGCUGGUUAAACAGUACACAGUUUCAUUUCUUAGCGAACAUUUCACAGCAAUAAUAACUAAAAACAUCGCAUAAAUUCAUUUAAGGUGUGAUUCACAUUCGCACGCCGGCCCGCGGGUGUAACUGCAGGCGGUAUUGAUAUUGAUGAUUGAAAUUAUUAUUAUUUGAGACUAACAUGGUUCACUAAAAUGUGAUUUCUAACCUCUCGUCGUUAUUGCAGAUCAUUUAGUUAAAAAAGGUAAAUUGAAUUUUUUUUUUAACAACUUGAUUUUAGGGCUUGCAAUAUCGGAUGGUUUCCAAUUCCGGAAGUGAUUUUCGAUAGUGGGUUCCAAUUCCGGAACUGUUCAUCAUAUUUUUUUGUAAAAGACAAUCAAUAAUGUAAAUAUCUGUGACUAUGUUUUUUCAUCUCUUAUUAAAGCACAUUAUUACUAUGGUCACUUUUAUUCAAUUAUAUGAUACGGCUAGUUUAUUUGGGGAAACUGUGAUUGCUAGCAAACCAUUUGAUGUAAUGUUUUUUUUAAUAUAACGGCUUGCUACUCAUCCUAACCUAGUAGGGAGUGGUCCUGUUUACGAAGUUGAAGCUCUUGAAGUUUUGAUCUCUGUAAGGGCAUUAGGCAUUUAUUCCUAUUCGAGCAGUACGGAAUGCCACCAAAGUACAUCGCGCAGACCCUAGUGAGUGCGGCCAACAAGCUCGCUGACAUGGACGCUAGGCGCACUGCUGCACUGGCAAAUUUUGAUCUAUUAGGGAGGAAAUGAACUGCACCUGGACAGUAAAUAAGGACAGUACUUACGUAAUGUUUUCAAGCUAGCAAUUUUCAUCAAUAGUCCACAUUUCCUUAUUUAUGUAAAAAACAUGUAAUAAUGUAAUUUUAAUAGUUAGUGGGGUAGUUUUUUGGUUAAGUUUUAAAGUACCUAUACAGGUGUUUUUUGUUUUGCGUACUUGAGUUCCUAGCAAGCUCGGCCGAAUUGCACCUUCCCAUACAAACGUAGUUGGGAAAAUCUGUCCAAGAUUCCGGAAUUUCGAAAUUCCGGAAUGCAAGCCCUACAGUUGAUUUAACUAUAUGGAGUAUUCCGGGUAACUUUGAUGUAAAAUUUGACAGGGUUAUUUAAUAAUUUUUCAUUACUAUUACUAACUAUAUUAAAUUCGUAAAGCCUUAAUGAGUACAAAAUCGUUUUACUUGGUGUUGGUUUCGUAACUACGAGUUCUAAAACAAGACAAUAAUCCAAAUAAGUAUUAUUUAGGGUCGAUUUUACAUUACUGUAAAACAUGUCGGUGUAACAAAUAUCUGCCUUUUCAUAUUAGUGCCGAGGCGCCACCUGCAUCUUACGUUACUUACACUACAAUUUCCUUCUAGUUUAAAUAGUAUUACAUUAUAUAUGCUUUGCCUAUAAUUUCAGUUAAUUCCUCUCUUUUGUGUGUGCAAGAUAUAGACCAUGAAGUUUUGUGAUACUGCUAACUACUAUUUGUCAUGUGCUAACACUAAAGCUGCAUGUGCUUCAAAUAUUAGGUAUUCAAACAUUGUCCUAAAUAUCCAUUUAAUUAUAAAAAAAUUAAAUAAACAGCCACUUUUUAUCAAUAACGUGUUAUUUAUAUGAAGAUUGAAAACUCCUGGCAUUAUGAGUUCACAUUUUUAUCUUUCCGCUUUCAAUCUUCAUGUGACACAUUAUAAUAAGUACCUAUUUAAAAGCUUACUAAAUUUAUUAGACAUGGAUGCCUUUAUUGGAAUGCAAUAUUAGGAACCCAAUAUUUUGCGCUUUUGAGUUUGUAGCCGUGAAUGCUCUUUUGAAACUAUGAAAUGCAUUAGUGUUUAAAAUGGUCGUAGUAUCUACAGUAGUUGCGCUGUGUAACAUGUGAAAAGCACACCAGAAUUCACCAGAUACAGUACGGAAAUUAAAAUGCCAUCAUCGUUUAUGUUAAAGUUGAAGUGUGAAAUAUCACUUGCCUCAGUAGUUUUAGUGUGGUUCAAGACGGCAGUCUCAUCAAGUCAACCAUAUUUGUAUGCACAUUGGGUUUGCACGACUUUAACAUAAAUGACGAAACUAGUUGAUCUCGUUAUCACCGACGUUUAUAGAAACGUAAGUACUAACUUGUGUAACUUUUAAAAUACUUAUUCGCUCCUACUUAUUAAACCACAAGUGGCAUUCUUUACAUUUUCACGAACCUAUAAAAACAAUUUUGUUUUGCCCACGCUUUUAGCAUCCCAUUUUCUCUUGCAAUUGCAUUCUGCGGUCGGUCGUGAAUAUACACCUUAAUGUUUGGAAAGUUUAUCGAAGAAAUGUCAAACUUAAACAAAUAGUCUUAAAUAACCAAAUGUGCCAUUUUCAACCAAAAGGGUACUUAUUGUCGCUUGUCAGUAAGGCGCUAUUUCCAUAUAGCUUCAAUUAGAAAUCAACCUUAUCGACAAGCGACAAUGUGGUACCUUUUGUUGGAAAACGUCACAAAUAGGUAAAAUUCCCGUAAAAAAAACACUCACCGCGCUGUCACGUUAAUAUUACACAUUUAUCAUUGUUUUUUUAAAUAGGUACCUACUUAAUUUUGUUAGGCGCCCCAGUUUUUAAAUAAUUCUUGUUACUUGCCCUUGGUUAAAACAUUUUCUUUUAAAUACUGUUUACGUAUUUUUUAGUGUGUUUAGAACUAUAUGGUAUUUAAGGUGCGUGCUGAUUUAGCAAGUGCGCACGCAUGUUUGCUGUUAGUACCUAUGUGGCCCAUUGCAAACUUUGCAUGAGUUGUAUAUUUAGGCGCGCAAUGUUAAGCACUUGCGGCGCAUUCGUUUUAGGUCUGGACGCAUCUUUAGAUUCGUAUUCAAGAACAAUGCAGUCAGCAAUACGUCGCUCACAAACCGAGCGAGCUUUUGGAGGUAAAAUGCUUUUAGGAUAAUAAAAAUGCUUUUAGGAUAUUUAGUAUUUAAAAUCGAACUUUGUGGGUCUUCGAAAUUUUAGUACUGCGGUUGGCUCUUCUUAAAAGUUUGCCACCAAUGCUUUAAGUCAAAGCUAUAAUGUAUGGUUCUGCGCUAGCAAGUAGUUGUGACUGCUGUUACUGCGUAAAUUUUCCGCCUACAGUAAAACAAAGCAAGUGACAAUUGCCUAUUAGGAAGUUUAAUCACGGGAUUCGUAGGGAACAAGAUUGGGAUACCUAUCGGAAUCCUAUACGGAGCUCGGGAUUCAGUCAUCUUCUUUUAAUUUAUAUGACGAAGCGAAUUAUCAUAAAUACUACAAUGUUGUACAUAUGAAUCCAAUUUAAAAUACAUUUUAACGUUUAUAAUAUACCUAAAUGUUUAGAAUGAAAUAAUAUUUUUAAGUAAAAACAUAUUUUGUAAGUCUUUAUUUUCUGCGCAACUUCGUAACACCAGCGAAAAAGUGAUCUACGCUUGAAUUCGUUUCAGCGACAGAGUAAUAUGCUUUGGCUAUACAGUUUACACGAACUUAAGCUGUUGGAAAAAUUACGGUUUAAGACAUUUUUCCGCUGGUGGAUUCAUUUAAUUUUAAGAUUUAUCUUUAGUGAUACGUCUGCGUAGCGUCCAAAUACACAUGAAUUAAAUUUUUAAAGCAUAAAGGCACGAUCCCUUCGUCGACCAUGCGGGCGGACCGCAGACGGAACAAAAAACGGUCAAAGUGUGUUGGUUGUUGGUCGGCUUUGGUAUGAGCUCGUUCCAACUUAUGUGCCCCGCCCGACGAAUAUAAAACACCGCUUGCGCAACACAGCGUGGCAUAUAAUUAGUUUGGACGGGACUUUAAGUUGUCUAUAUUAAGUGGAAUUUCCAAUAAUAUUUGCCUUCUGCAGGCAUAUUUCCAAUCAAUGGUACAACGUCAACGUCAACGUCAUGCGGCAGAUAGUGCUCAGGGCUUUUUGACACUUGAAUGUGCAGUCAAAGAAUAUAAUUUCCGACCCAUUUCGUACCUUGUAAAUAAAUGGAUUUUUAUUACCAUAUGAAAGUUGCUAGAAACCUCAUGUCACUGACAAAGUGAAAAUGGGUAGGAAAUUAAAUUAUUUGACUGUAAUCUGUUUUAUGUGCAACUUGUGCAAGAUACGUGCGAAUGUUUUAUAUUAUUAAGGUGCUUACUUUAAAAUUUGUCUGUGUGUGUAUGUACGCAUUAUUUUUGUAAUGACAUUGCAAUAAACAUUUGUGAAUUUUUUAAAA